AUGCUCCAAUCCGUUAUUCCUAAUUCUUCUAUUACACUAUUGUUUGUUGAAAUGGGAGUUGGUUACGAUCAGCAUGGGUCAAUGAAAGAUGUCAUGAAAGCAGCAAUGAAGGCUUGUGGGGACGCUAUCACAUCCAGUUUAAUCCUUGCCUUCUGUAGAGAUAGCACCUUUUUUGCAGGUGGAAAUCAUUCUGCUAAUGGUGACAUAAGAAACGAGCAUGAUCAAGUAAAUGGUAGUGAUAUACCUACUAUGUUGGAGGUGUCACAUGUGAAGGAAGAGAUUGCAAACGACCUUCGUGAACUACAACGCGACCUCACUAGAGAGAUGGACACCCUAAAUCAUGAAGUCGAUGAUGUUAGGGCUGGUCAACUCGAUCUAUCUAACAUGGUUGCUGAUUUGAAGAAUCAUUUUUGUUCAAUGCAAGCGUCAUAUGUCAACAUUGUUCUGGGAAAAAAGAAGUCAAAGAAAGUCAAAUGGGUCUUUAGGGUUUUUGUAGUUGCUAUUGUGGGGGUUUUAACCUACAGGUUUUAUAAAUGA